AUGUCCCUCGUCUGUAUCCCCCUCAUCCCGCACCCUUCUUCCUCCAUUCCUCUUUCUCCACUCCUCGCCCACUUCCUUCUCAAGUCACCAAAUCUCGCCACCUUACUCCUCACGUUUCCCCCCAACGCUGGCGGCAGCAGCAGCGGACUGCUCCUGUGCUGCAGCAACCCACGAGCGGAGCAUCCCCCUCUUCCUGCAACCCCCUCCUCCCCCACCCACCCUUCCAGGCCAUCAGAUAACCACACCCUAUUCCCCUCCCCCCUCAGCGCUGGCAGCAGCAGCAGCGGACUGCUCCUGAGCCGCAGCAACCCACGAGCGGAGCAUCCCCCUCUUCCUGCAACCCCCUCCUCCCCCACCCUUCCAGGCCAUCAGAUAACCACACCCUACUCCCCUCCCCCCUCAGCACUGGCAGCAGCAGCAGCAGCAGCAGCGGACUGCUCCUGCGCCACAGCAGCAACCAGGGGACAAAGCGUUUCCACCAUAUCACUGAUCAGCGCCCGCAGAGUCGGAUCCUCCUCAAUACAAUGCUUCGCAAAGCCCUACUCCCCACCCCCUCCAGCACUGGCAGCAGCAGCAGCGGACUGCUCCUGA